UCCCCUGGGGCGCGCGGCGGGCGCUGUAUAGUGACGUCACGUUGCAAUGGCGGCGCCCACUGCGAGCGCACGCGGCGGGUGGCGGCAUUAACGGCAGCUGAGAGCGGGCCUUGGUCGCGUACCGACAGCGUGACUUUGGUGAGCGCUGGGCCAGGAGGCGGUGGGAGACACCUCGAGCCUCCUGCGGGUGUCGUGCGUUUACCUCAAGGGGGCUGGAGCGCCUGGAGGCGUGCGCGAGUUGGUACGGUGUCUUUUUAGGUAAGAAUGAAGUUCAGGAAAGGAGGGAGAUUUACAUCUUCUGCUAAACUGAGGCGAAAGGGUAUUGAAGUAUUGGGAAAAUGGAAAUCUGUGGAAAUUGACCCCAAUCUAUUUGUUGAUGAGCAGUUUAAAGAUGUAGUGUGCUUGGAGGAGCUUACAGAGUACAAGCUAGUAAGUUCUGACAAAGUGGGGAAAGGAGGCAAGCAGAAGAGAAAAUCUGAGGAUCUUUCAGAAGAAGGGAGUGAGGAGGAGGAAGAAGCUGUCAUCCCUCCCAAAAAGAAAAAGCAGCACAAAGAUUUGAGAACCAGAGCAGAUAAAAAUGAUGAUACCAGUGCUACAGAAGUUGAUGUUCCAGUUGAUGAGGAGAAAAGAUGUAAAGAAGUAAUCAAAGGGGCAAAUCAUGAGGACCUUGGGCAUAUAGCUGAGAGCACUUCAAGCACAGAAAAUGCUGCAAAGAAGAAGAAAGAGAAGGGAGUUAAAAAUAAGACUUGUCAAGUUCAGGAUGCUACUCCACCAAUAACUACUUCUAAAAAAGUAAAAAAUUGGACAACAGAAGUUUUGUCUGCCUCAACUGAUCACAAAGCUGAUGUGUCUGCGUGGAAGGACCUGUUUGUGCCUCAGCCAGUGUUGAAGGCCUUGAGUUCCCUGGGGUUCAGUGCUCCAACUCCUAUUCAGGCAUUAACUUUGCCUUCUGCCAUCCGGGAUAACAUGGAUAUUCUUGGUGCUGCAGAAACAGGAAGCGGCAAAACGCUUGCAUUUGCAAUUCCUAUGAUUCACUCUGUGCUGGAAUGGCAGAAAUCAAACAGCUUAGUGAGCAUAAAUGACUGUGUUUCUAAAAAGCCCUAUCAGCAUCGUGAUGAAACAAGAUGGGAAAGUGAUAAUGAAACAGAAAAGCCAAACCAUCAGCAGGCUGAAGAUAGUGGAGAUGAAGAUGAUGUAUCCUUUGCAACAGGCUGUGUGAAGGUACAGGAAAAUCCUGAAUUUGAUUCUAGUGACAAAGAACAUACUGUUGGCCCCCAUAAAAAGAGACCUCUUUUAGGACUGGUCCUUACUCCCACAAGAGAAUUAGCUGUGCAAGUGAAACACCACAUCGAUGCAGUUGCAAAGUUUACAGGAAUUAAGACUGCUAUUCUGGUUGGAGGCAUGGCAGCACAGAAGCAAGAACGUGUACUGAAUCGAAAGCCAGAAAUUGUAAUAGCAACCCCAGGCCGUCUGUGGGAGCUAAUUAAAGAAAGACACCCACAUCUCUCAAAUCUUCGUCAGCUCAGGUGCCUUGUGAUUGAUGAGGCAGACCGAAUGGUUGAAAGAGGUCAUUUCUUGGAGCUGUCUCAGUUGCUAGAAGUCUUAAAUGAUUCGCAAUAUAAUCCUAAACGACAAACUUUUGUUUUUUCCGCCACUCUGACAUUAGUCCAUCAGACUCCCACAAGAAUUUUACAGAAGAAGAAUGCUAAAAAGAUAGACAAGAAGACCAAACUAGAAAUGUUAAUGGAAAAAGUAGGAAUAAAGGGCAAACCCAAAGUGAUAGACUUAACAAGGAAAGAGGCUACUGUUGAGACUCUAAUGGAGACCAGAAUCCAUUGUGAUACAAAUGAGAAGGACUAUUAUCUUUAUUACUUUCUUCUCCAGUAUCCAGGAAGAACUAUGGUCUUUGCAAACAGCAUAGACUGUAUAAAACGCCUCAGUUCUCUCCUCACGAUCUUAAAUUGUGAUCCUCUUCCUUUGCAUGCCAACAUGCACCAGAAGCAAAGGCUAAAAAACUUAGAACGGUUUGCUGAGCGAGAGAGCUGUGUCCUCCUGACAACAGAUGUUGCAGCUCGCGGUCUUGAUAUUCCCAAUGUGCAGCAUGUCAUCCACUACCAGGUCCCUCGUACUUCUGAGUUAUACGUACACAGAAGUGGUAGAACAGCUCGAGCUGCCAAUGAAGGCCUUUGCCUGUUGUUGAUUGGCCCUGAUGACUUGAUCAAUUUUAGGAAAAUUUACAAAACCUUGGAGAAGAGUGAAGAGUUGCCACUUUUCCCAGUUGAAACAAAGUAUAUGAUUGCUAUCAAGGAGCGGGUGAAUUUGGCACGGCAGAUCGAGAAGGCAGAAUUUUUCAACAGUCGAGCAAAGCAACAUGACUCUUGGCUCCAGCAGGCUGCAGAGGCUCUGGAAGUUGAUCUUGAUGAUGACCUUUUUAUGGGAAAAAAAACUAGUGAGCAAGAAGAAAGCCAGAAGCAAAAGAUGCUGAAAGGAAUGAAAAAACAACUGAAACACAUGCUGUCCCAACCACUGUUUAAAGUCCUUAUGAAAACAAAGUACCCAACACAGUCGGGAAAACUACUCCUGCCUCAGAUUUCAGCUGGCAAUUCAGAAUCUGCUCUGAGUAUCAUAUCAAAAAAACAAGCCAAAAAGAAGAAAUCAGUAAAAUCAAAUUAGAUAACUGAGCAAGUUCACUUGAUGCAGUGGAAUCAAGAACUAUCCUGACAAGAUACUCUGCUAGAAAACACAUAGUAUCAGGAUGGCGCCUUUGUCUUGGUAGUGCAGGCACACAGCAAAACGUUUAUCUAAAAGGCACUGUUAGCAUGGAGUUAGUUACUCUUGAAUCUUGUCUUGGAUCUUAUUUUCUUACUCUCUGUAUUAAUUGAAUUUAAUUAGUUUUGGAAUAGUUCUGUUCAUUGCUUCUCUUUAUAAGACACAUCAAAGUUACUGGGUAGAACUCACUGGGCAAACUUGAUUUGAAUUUUUAUUUUCUUUUAAAAGAGAGAGAGACAGGCUCUGUACAGGUGACAGGACAAUCUGAGCUGAUGAUAGUGCAGAUUUGGCUUGUACUGCAGUUCAGUGAAAAAGGCAGCAAAUAGGUAGUGUUAACCAACAGGCCUGUAGUUCCAGUAAUGAGAAUCUUUCCCAGUUUUCUUUCUCCACUGAUCUGAUUUCUCAAUUCUGUUACUUACUAAUUACCUUAGUCUUUUGUUAAUGUUUCAGAACAUAGGGGAAAAAAGUCAGGGUGGCAGUGGUCCAGGACUGAUCUUGGGAGAUUUGCAAUCCAUGCAGACUUCUCAGGAAUGAUUAUUGCUAUGAAACAUUAAUUAGUAUCUGGAGUUGAGUCUGUUUUUGAAAGCAUAUUUGAAUCAUAACCUUUCUUUUAAUGGAAACGAUGUGAAAUAUCACUUUUGAAGAGUGCUUCCUGAUAAUUGUACUUGUAAAUCACUUUAACCUGAUCAGGGCAAAUAAUUUUUAAGAAUAUUUUUUAAGCUAUGUCAGAAAAAUGUAUUUUGAAUUUUUGUUAAACUGUAUCUGCUAUAAAACCGAAAUCUUCUUUCAAUUA